AUGCGUGGGCAAUCUUUAGCGGCUCUCCUUCUAGGCUUGAGCACUUCGGUCUUCGCCGAGCCUCUCAUAGAUGUGCUUGUUGCAUCUGGUGCCGCCAAUUUUGCAACCUUCAUCCAGUCAGAUCCAGAUGUUUUAGCCAAGUAUCUCUCUGGCCAGAUCAAAACCGUAUUUGCGCCAUCGGAUUUGGUCCCGCCACCUGCAAGUCUAGCAAGACGUGCUCCUUCGCCAGCUGAUGUUGCUAAAGCGGAGAUCCAAGGCUCAAAAGAACUUGCUGACUUGAAAACUGCCAGCGGCUCUAAGCCAGGCUCCGUCAUCCCAACUGGUACCGACUCCCCUGGGCUAGGUGGCCAGCCUCAAGUUGUUACCUCUGAUACCAGACCUGAAAACGUGACCAACCCGACCAGACGUUGGACGUCUUCGUCUAACCUCACUGGGCCAUCCUUGCUGAGGAUUUCAUCCGGGUUGGGGAAUAUUGCCAACAUCAUCCACGCGGACAUCCCAUUCGAUGGUGGGGUAGUUCACAUCACUGACAACUACUUCACCCUGCCCGUCUCAAUCUCUUCUACAGCUCAAGCGCUUGGGCAGACGACGUUCUCCAACUUAAUCAGUGGCAGCAACUUGACCAAGUCACUCGAGAGCACGCAAUUCGCCACCGUCUUCCUACCCUCCAAUGCUGCCUUUGCUGCGGCCAGUGUUGGCCCAUCCAUCAGCUCAUCCACUGCCUCGCUAAUUUCCAACCACGUUGUGGGAGGCUUUGCUGGCUAUCUGCCUGUACUGAAGGAUGGCGCUGCAUUAACAACGCAGAAGGGACAAACCUUGAUCAUUAGCAUCCGUAAUGGUAUAUACUAUGUCAACGAAGCCAAGAUUAUACAGGCGAACAUCAUAACGGAGAACGGCGUGGUGCAUAUCAUUGAUAAGGUGUUGUCACCUCUAUCACCACCUCCCCUUUCUUCAAGUGGUAUGCUGUCUAAGACAGUCAGCUUUAUGUGUGUGAUAGGAGCUGUUGCUGGGGCUCUGAUGUCUCCGUUUUGA